GCUCAGUAGCCUAGCCAAGAGGGAGCGCAGCCUAGUCCCCGCCGUCUCGUUCCCGGAGCCCUCAGCCCGGUCCCAGCCGCCGUCGCCCCCGGGGCAUGGCCUGUCUGAUGGCCGCUUUUUCGGUCGGCACCGCCAUGAAUGCCAGCAGCUACACUGCAGCAAUGACGGAGCCAAAGUCAGUGUGUGUCUCAGUGGAUGAAGUGGUGUCCGGAAACAUGGAAACCACUGAGACCGAACUACUGAACGGACACCUGAAGAAAGUGGACAACAACCUUACAGAGGCCCAACGCUUCUCCUCCUUGCCUCGGAGGGCAGCUGUGAACAUUGAGUUCAAGGACCUGUCCUAUUCUGUUCCUGAAGGACCGUGGUGGAGGAAGAAAGGAUACAAGACCCUUCUGAAGGGAAUUUCUGGAAAAUUCAACAGUGGUGAACUGGUGGCCAUCAUGGGCCCUUCUGGGGCUGGAAAAUCUACGCUCAUGAACAUUCUGGCUGGAUACAGGGAGACUGGCAUGAAAGGUGCUGUCCUCAUCAACGGCAUGCCUCGGGACCUACGCUGCUUCCGGAAGGUGUCCUGCUACAUCAUGCAGGAUGACAUGCUGCUGCCGCACCUCACUGUUCAAGAGGCCAUGAUGGUGUCUGCACAUUUGAAGCUUCAAGAGAAGGAUGAAGGCCGAAGAGAGAUGGUCAAGGAGAUCCUGACGGCGCUGGGCCUGCUGGCCUGUGCGAACACACGGACGGGCAGCCUCUCGGGUGGUCAGCGGAAGCGCCUGGCCAUUGCGCUGGAGCUGGUCAACAACCCACCCGUCAUGUUCUUUGAUGAGCCAACCAGCGGCCUCGACAGCGCCUCCUGCUUCCAAGUGGUCUCCCUGAUGAAAGGACUAGCUCAAGGAGGGCGCUCAAUCAUCUGCACCAUCCAUCAGCCCAGUGCCAAGCUCUUUGAAUUGUUUGACCAGCUUUACGUCCUCAGUCAAGGACAGUGUGUGUACCGGGGGAAAGUCUCCAAUCUUGUUCCUUACCUGAGGGAUUUAGGCCUGAACUGCCCAACCUACCACAACCCAGCAGAUUUUGUCAUGGAGGUUGCGUCUGGCGAGUACGGUGACCAGAACAGUCGCCUGGUGACAGCUGUUCGGGAGGGCCUGUGUGACUCCGACUACAAGAGAGACCUUGGGGGUGAUGCCGAGGUGAACCCUUUUCUUUGGCACCGGCCCUCUGAAGAGGAUUCCACAUCCAUGGAAGGCUGCCACAGCUUCUCAGCCAGCUGCCUUACCCAGUUCUGCAUCCUCUUCAAAAGGACAUUCCUCAGCAUCAUGAGGGACUCGGUCCUGACACACCUGCGGAUCACCUCGCACAUUGGAAUUGGCCUUCUCAUUGGCUUACUCUACUUGGGGAUUGGGAACGAAGCCAAGAAAGUCCUCAGCAACUCCGGCUUCCUCUUCUUCUCCAUGCUGUUCCUCAUGUUCGCUGCCCUCAUGCCCACUGUUCUCACAUUUCCUCUCGAGAUGGGAGUAUUUCUUCGGGAGCACCUGAAUUACUGGUACAGCCUGAAGGCUUACUACCUGGCCAAGACCAUGGCUGAUGUCCCCUUCCAGAUCAUGUUCCCAGUGGCCUACUGCAGCAUUGUGUACUGGAUGACCUCGCAGCCAUGCGACGCUGUGCGCUUUGUCCUGUUCGCCGCCCUGGGCACCAUGACGUCACUUGUGGCCCAGUCCCUGGGCCUGCUCAUCGGGGCUGCAUCCACGUCCCUGCAGGUGGCGACCUUCGUGGGCCCCGUGACCGCCAUCCCAGUUCUUCUCUUCUCGGGAUUCUUCGUGAGCUUCGAUACCAUCCCUACGUACCUACAGUGGAUGUCCUACAUUUCCUACGUCAGGUACGGCUUUGAAGGUGUCAUUCUCUCCAUCUACGGCCUCGAUCGUGAAGACCUGCACUGCGACAUUGACGAGACCUGCCACUUUCAGAAGUCCGAGGCCAUCCUGAGAGAACUGGAUGUGGAAAAUGCCAAACUCUACCUAGACUUCAUUGUCCUUGGGAUUUUCUUCAUCUCCCUGCGCCUCAUUGCCUAUUUUGUCCUGAGGUACAAAAUCCGGGCUGAGAGGUAAAAUGCUUGGAUGCCAGUCAAGAGAAAACUUAGAUGUGG